CCGAGAGCUGCACGUGACGACGUAAAGCGCGUCUUUUUUUGGAAGGGGUGAGUUGUGGCUGUUGCCUUCUUCCCUUUUCUUUGGAGGCAUGUGGACCCGCAAGUUUUCCCUCGUCAACCUGGCUUUCCGACAGAGCAUGGCUACAGGGCGCGGGAGUUCGGGGGUCAGCAAGAAGAAGGUGGAGUGUUUCUACGACGUCGUAUCCCCCUACUCCUGGCUUGGCUUUGAGAUUAUUUGCAGGUACCGUCCGAUCUGGAAUCUAGAUGUGCAUUUGCGGCCAGUUUUUCUUGCAGGAAUAAUGAAGGCAACUGGGAACCAGCCCCCAGCAAUGCUUCCCAAGAGAGGAGAAUAUAUGCUAAAGGAUAUCAGUCAAAUGGCAAAGUAUUGCCAAGUGCCAAUGAAUAUACCGAAGGAUUUCCUAAACACUGUGAUCGUGAAAGGAAGUCUGCCUGCCAUGCGUUUCAUCACUGCUGUGGAUAUAGCAGAACCUCAGUUUCUGGAGUCUGUUUCUAGAGAACUCUGGAUGCGUAUUUGGUCCAGGGAUGAAGACAUAGUUCAGCCAGAAAGUAUAUUGGCAGCUGCAGAGAAAGCAGGCUUGUCCUCAGGUAAAAGCCAGGAGCUUCUGAAAAUGAGCACCUCACCUGAGGUGAAGAACCGUCUGAAAGAGACAACGGACGAAGCCCUGAAGUUUGGGGCGUUUGGAAUGCCGUGUUUUGUUAUCCAGACUGACGGACAACCCCAGCUUUUCUUUGGUUCAGAUCGUAUCGAACUACUAGGAAAUGUUUUGGGAGAGAAGUGGCUGGGGCCAGUUCCCACAUCAUCUAAGCUCUAGUUCUCAGGAGCAAUGAGAAAAGUCAGCAACCUAGUAAAAUUAUAAACAUCAUAUCCUUCCUACUUUUUACAAGAUGACUGGCACUGGAACUGUCUUAAUAUAAAAGAUCAGAAUAAUUGUCUUCAAAUAUCAUGCAACUGCCAAGAUUGAAGCUCUCACAGCAGAGAGCUGUUAUAUAGCCCUUCUUGCAACCACUGAGUACCAGGAUCUAGAUGGCUCCUGAAUGCAAUGAAUUGUCAUAGAAUAAUAUCUGGUUACCUGCGAUUGAUGAUUCCCCCCAAAAAUGACACUGGCCACCUGGUGGUCAAGAUAACUGACAAUUAACAUGUGUUAGGAAUCUUCAGUAUUCAGGAUGCUUGUCUGCAAAAAUUAUUUUCUGUCUUUUACCCUCUUUAGCAGCCACCACCGCAACGAGCUAUUAUAAGUCUUGUUGAGAAAAGCAUCUAUCUGUAAAAAUAUGUAUAGGUUACUUUUCAUCAUCAUUCACCAUCAUUUAUAUAAUACUGCAUUUUAUACUCUCUCCUUAUUUAGCAACAGCAUUGUUCCAGAAACUUUGUCAUUAAGGGAAAUAGUUUCUAAAUAGGUGUGCAUUAGAGAGAGACAGAUGCUGUGAAAAUUACUGGUUGCUGCCUUCUCAUUCAGAUGAGGUUUCAUGCAACUAGAAUAGUGUUACUUUCACUCCAGUGUGCAUUGUUCUUAGGUACAAGAAGCUUGGUCAUAUGUGUGCGGUAUUUUUCGGACUAUAAGACACACGGGAGCAUAAGACACACCAUGAUUUUGAA